CAGUGAACGUGGCGGCCAUCUUCCUCCUCUGGGCACGUCAGCUGAGCCUGUGACGGCUGAAGAGGAGCGUUGCGCAAGCGCGACCACGACGGUCACAGGUAACUCCCAUCUGACGGGCGAGGCGUCGCCGUCGUCGCCGGAAGUUUGGCGUAUCUGCGCCGGGAGAGAGGCGGCAGUCGCGGCAGAAGCGGCUCUUUCCUGAUACCCGGAUGUGGCGAUUCUCUGGCUCGUGUUGGACCGUCGGCCAGGAGUGAGGAAGAUUAAUUCCCAAACAUAGGAAGCUGUUAGAGGCAUCACUCAUUUGGAAACAUCAUCAGUCAACUUAAAGAAACAGUGAUAUGUGAUUUCUGGCUCAGUAAGUGUGAAGAGUGAAAACAAGAAUGAAGACAUUUAUGAUGAUCCACUUCCAUUUAAUGAAUAGUAAAUAAUCAUCAUGCCAUACAGUUAAUAAACUUAUCUGUUGUGUGUGUGUGUCUUCGUGUGAGAAUCUAAUAACUGUAUGGCAAGAACUGUCUGAGACGUUUUCUGUCAUCAUCCUCAUCAUCAUUGCUUAAGUGUUCAUCGUGUAGAAAAUCAUGUACAAGACUUAUAUGGAAGUGGAUAGCCUAUCCUUAUGUAGGCAUAAGGUGCUGUGUAACGUGUUAAGAGGAUACUUUAAGGAAUGAGUUUGCCAAAUUCUCAUGAGUUAUGGUGGCUGAAAGAUCAAUUCUGUCUUGUGGGAAAAGAAUUAAAUGGCAGCACAAAAGGAAAUCUAUAUUAAUAGAGUAUUUUAUUAAACGAAAGAGGUUAGAUAAGAACUUUAAACUAACAGUCUCAGCAAACAAGGAAAGAAACCUGUUAGCUGUAAGACAUGUUUCAAGUGAAUCGAAGUCCAGUAACUGUAGACUUCAGAAGAAAAAAGGUUUCAAAAUCUUUGUCAAAACAGGUCAGUGAUAAAUAAUUCUUCCAGUAAUAGGGCUAGGCCUGAAAACCAUUAUUAAUUGAAAAAUUAGCAAAACAGAUUGAACCUGAAUUUUUAUUUCACAAAAAGUUCUUAAAAUAUCAAAUUAGAAUUAAAUUGUCCUCAAAUUUCUAUUGUCUUGUCCAGCAGUAAAGCAAAUAUCUUUCAGCCUUCAUAUCAGAUUUUCUCAUGUCCUAGGGAUGACCGAAACCUUACUUGAAGCAAACUAGUAUUUUUGUUGAAAAUGUUCAUCAGCCUCAAAGUUGAUUUUUAAGACCUCCUCAGUAAUAAUACUAGACAUUCAGCAUUCUCACCUAUCAGGACACGAAAAUUCUCCCAAAAACUACUCAGAAAAGGAGGACCUUACUCAGGAAUGAUGUCCAUUCAGGAGAAAUCAAAAGAAAAUUCCUCUAAUGUUGUUAGAAAAAGUGAAGAUAAGAAUUUAGAAACACAAAUUCAAGGUUCUCAAACGAAUCUGGCAAAAAAAUCAGGUCCAAAGGAAGCUGUAAAAUCACUGGUUAAAUCUUCUAGUGAGAGUAAAAUAAAUCAACCUGGAUUAGGAACAUGCAUGAGUACAAGGUCAGCAAAAGCCACGUCCAAUGAUAAAAAAGCUAGUAAAUCCAUUAAUAAAAAUAUGGUGACUGUGAAGGGAAAUUCACAACAAGAAUCUACAAAAAAGAAGAAAUUACCUCAGAAAAAGUCAGUGCAUGGAACUCCUAAAUCGAAUGAACAGCUUAACCGGAGAUCACAAAGACUACAACAGUUAACAGAAGUUUCAACGAGGUCUCUGCGUAAUAGAGAAAUUCAGGGUCAAGUUCAAGCAGUUAAACAGACUUUGCCACCAAGGAAAGAGCACUGUAACAAUUCUCAAAGUAAAUCUAACAAAGCUAAAGCAAGUCAAAAACAUGUGAAAAGAAAAGUACCGGAAAUAAAGUCUGAUUCUAAAGAGGAUGAAAAUCUAGUAAUUAAUGAAGUAAUAAAUUCCCCCAAAGGAAAAAAACGCAAAGUAGAGCAUCAAACAGCUUCUACUUGCAGUUCUCAGUGCACAAAAGGAUCUGAAAAAUGUCUUCAGAAGAACACUAGAAAAGAGGAAAUAAAAUCUGUGCCUGUAACUUCUGAGAUAAGAAGAUCAAAAAUGGUUACUUCAGCAGUCUCUGAAAAGAAUGAGGUGAAGUCCGUUUAUACACAAGUGAAUACUAGUGCAAAAUCCCAAAAAAGUCCACAGCCGUCAGUGCCUGAAGAAAGGGUAGAUAAUGAGCUGGAGCAAGCGGGAAAGAGCAAACGAGGUAGCAUUCUUCAGCUCUGUGAAGAAAUUGCUGGUGAGAUUGAGUCUGAUACUGUAGAGGUAAAAAAGGAAUCUUCACAAAUGGAAACUGUAAAGGAGGAGAAGCCUACAGAAAUAAAAUUGGAAGAGACUGAUAAUGAAAGACAAAUACUUCAUCAGAAGGAAACCAAUCAGGAUGUUCAAUGUAAUCGUUUCUUUCCCAGUAGAAAAACAAAGCCUGUGAAAUGUAUACUAAAUGGAAUAAGCAACUCAACUAAAAAGAACUCCAACUGGACUAAAAUUAAACUCUCAAAAUUUAACUCUGUGCAGCAAAAUAAGUUGGACUCUCAAGUUUCCCCUAAAUUGGGCUUAAUACGAACCAGUUUUUCACUCCCAGCCUUAGAAAUGCAUCAUCCAACUACUCAAAGUACAUUUUUAGGGACAAAACUACAUAACGAUAAAAAUACAGCUUGCCAGCAGGAGGAAAUGAAAGAAAUUAAUUCUGAAGAAGUUAAAACUAAUGAUGUUACAGUUGAAGUUAAUAAAACCACAAAAAGGUCUUCUGAAAAUUGCCAUUUGGAUAAUCAGAUAAAACCACCUCCUGACCCACCUUUGGAUAACCAGAGGAAAGAUUCUUUUGAAUCAGCACCAGAUAAGAAUUUCAGUCUGUGUUUGGAAUCCAAGAUUGAAAACAAUCCAGUGGGAAAUACCUCUACUGUUUUGGCUCUGCUCAGCCAAGCAAAAAUUGAUACAGGGGAGAAUAAAUUUCCAGGUUCAGCUCCCAAACAGCAUACUGUACUCAGUAACCAAACAUCUAAGACCAGUGAUAACAGGGAAACACCAAAUCAUUCUUGGACUAAGUGUAAUUCCCAUUUGGAGAUAACAAUUCCAAAGGACUUGAAACUAAAAGAAACAGAUAAAGUUGAUGAAAAACAGUUGAUCAUAGAUGCAGGACAGAAAAGAUUUGGAGCAGUUUCCUGUAAUGUCUGUGGCAUGCUUUACACAGCUUCAAAUCCAGAAGAUGAAACACAGCAUCUGCUCUUCCAUAACCAGUUUAUAAGUGCUGUAAAAUAUGUGGGUUGGAAAAAGGAAAGAAUUUUGGCUGAAUAUCCUGAUGGCAGGAUAAUAAUGGUUCUUCCUGAAGACCCAAAGUAUGCUCUGAAAAAGGUUGACGAGAUUAGAGAGAUGGUUGAUAAUGAUUUAGGUUUCCAGCAGGCCCCACUAAUGUGCUAUUCCAGAACUAAAACACUUCUCUUUAUUUCUAAUGACAAAAAAGUAGUUGGCUGCCUAAUUGCGGAACAUAUCCAGUGGGGGUACAGAGUUAUAGAAGAGAAGCAUCCAGUUAUCAGGUCAGAAGAAGAAAAAGUCAGAUUUGAAAGGCAGAAAGCCUGGUGCUGCUCAACAUUACCAGAGCCUGCAAUCUGUGGGAUCAGUCGGAUAUGGGUGUUCAGCAUGAUGCGUCGGAAGAAAAUUGCUUCUCGCAUGAUUGAAUGCCUGAGGAGUAACUUUAUAUACGGCUCGUAUUUGAGUAAAGAAGAAAUUGCUUUCUCAGAUCCCACUCCUGAUGGAAAACUAUUUGCAACACAGUACUGUGGCACUGGUCAGUUUCUGGUAUAUAAUUUUAUUAAUGGACAAAAUAGCACCUAAAACAAAUUUGUGCCUGCAGUACUAGAAGACAUCUACUGAAGAGAAUGGAUUGGUUGCUGACUUUAACCAGGAACUAGGGCCAUUUUUAUUACAAUGAACUCAGGACUGGCAACAACCAUAAGGUUGUUCCAUUUUCAUAAAAUUGGAAACAAUGCAGUAAUAGCUUAUUAUUGUUUUGUUUUUUAAAGAAGAUAUUUUAUUAUCUUUUACAGAAAUUUAUGAUUGAUGUAUUUUAUCUAUAGUUAUUUAGACAUGUUUACAUGCAGCAGAUAAUUGUUCAUAGUGGACUGAAAACUAAUGCAAGGACUAUGGUCUCAGUGAUAAGUAUAUUUUGAAGUUCUUAAUAUGGAAAUAUACCAGUGUAGCUUGGUACUGUAUUUUUUUAUAUUGAUCUGCUGAUACCAGUUAUAGUUUUAAAGAUUGUAUUUUUACAGAGCGGAAACCAAUGUUUUGGGUUCUUAUCCAAGGAGGGGGCAGUAUUGCACGUUAAGGAAUUCAGAGCUAAUUCUUAAAUGGCCUGAAAUACAUUCUGAAGGCACCCUUGCAAAAAGGCAAAGUUCCAAAUUAGCAGGAAGAAUUUGGGAGCUUUUUCUUCUAUUUCUUUCUUUCCUGUUCUUGAAGCAGGAAGAAGUGGAAGGUGGUAAAGAAUUGAGACUUUUCUUCUUGGAGAGCUAUAAAGUGACUAGAAUUAGAAAAUACCCUCUAAAGUUUAUUAUUCUUUCAUUCUGGUUUUAUUUCUUAAAAUAAAUGGCACCUGGGCACACUUAGGCUAUUAACAAAUCCCAAAGAGGUUUAUAAAAACCUGUGGAAUAGUUGUAAGCUAACUGUGGAUGACUUGGUAUCUGCUUUGUUAUUCCUCAGAAAUACUACACUGAGUAUAUGCCCGCGUUACUGGACUUCAUUUUGAUACUUGUCUAUCCUUCAUAGUGCCCUCUACUUUUAAAGGGUUUAUAUGUUGAAAAACUGCUGUGGCCUUUUAUGACCUGUAUAUAAUGUAGAAUAAAAUAAUAAAAUACUUGAUAGCUUUUUCUAAGUGA